UGCACCCGCAGCAAGGCGCGAGAAAUCAAUUCUUUACCGCAGCAAUGCGCGGCUAGUUCCCCAUUUUCUCCGGCACCAGCUAGCCACGCCACGCUCCCAAUCGCCGCAGCUGCUUCCCUGCUCGAUUCGUCUAAUCCAGCGGCUCAAUCAGCAGGCCAUGGAAUUCGACAAAGAGGCGAGCUCCUCGUCCUCGCGGCUCGACGCGGCGCCGCUACUCCCGCAGUACGGGCUGCACUGCGGCGGCGCCGGGGCCGGCGCGGGCGGGCACCUGUCGUCGCAGCCCAAGACGUUCGCCAACGUCUUCAUCGCCGUCGUCGGCACGGGCGUGCUGGGCCUCCCCUACACCUUCUCCCGCACGGGCUGGGCGGCGGGGACGCUGCUCCUCCUCGCCGUCGCCGCGCUCACCUUCCACUGCAUGAUGCUCCUCGUCGCCACGCGCCGCCGGAUCGCCGACGAGCACACCAAGAUCGCCUCCUUCGGGGACCUGGGCCACGGCAUCUACGGCGCCCCGGGCCGCCACGCGGUCGACGCCAUGCUCGUUCUCAGCCAGGUCAGCUUCUGCGUCGGCUACGUAAUCUUCAUCUCCAACACCAUGGCGCACCUAUACCCGAUCGUGGCCGACUCCCCGGCGUCCCCGCUCCUCACGGCCAAGGCGCUCUUCAUCUGGGCCAUGCUGCCGUUCCAGCUGGGACUCAACUCCAUCAAGACGCUCACGCUCCUCGCGCCGCUCAGCAUCUUCGCCGACGUCGUUGACCUCGGCGCCAUGGGCGUCGUACUGAGCCAGGACGCCUCCAUCUGGCUCGCCAACAAGCCUCCCGUGUUCGCCUUCGCUGGCCCUGCCGAGCUCCUCUACGGCCUUGGCGUCGCCGUCUACGCCUUCGAGGCGAUCGGAAUGGUCCUGCCGCUGGAGGCGGAGGCUGCGGACAAGCGCAGGUUCGGCGCCACGCUCGCGCUGUCCAUGGCGUUCAUCGCCGUCAUGUACGUUCUGUUCGGCGCCAUGGGCUACCUCGCCUUCGGCUCCGCCACGCGGGACAUCAUCACCACCAACCUCGGUACCGGCUGGUUCUCGGUCCUCGUGCAGCUCGGCCUAUGCAUCAGCCUCUUCUUCGCGAUGCCGGUGUCGAUGAACCCGGUCUACGAGGUCGCCGAGCGCCUGAUCUGCGGCAGGCGCUACGCCUGGUGGCUGCGCUGGAUCCUCGUCGUGGUCGUCGGGCUCCUGGCGAUGCUCGUGCCCAACUUCGCUGACUUCAUCUCGCUCGUCGGCAGCAGCGUCUGCGUCGUGCUCUUGUUCGUGCUGCCCGCCGCCUUCCACAUCAAGGUCUUCGGCGCUGAGAUCGGGUGGACCGGGCUCGUCGGCGACGUGACCGUCAUCGUUAUCGGGAUUGCGCUCGCGGUGUUCGGGACAUGGACGUCCCUUGUACAAAUCUUCAGUUCUUCUAACGUGUAAAUGUCGACAGUCUGAUAUGCAUCAUGUUGCUAAUGCAUUGGUAAGCAUCAACAUCGUGAUGUGGAUCAUUCCAUGCUAAUGCAAUGGGAGCGCUCAAAUGGUUGUA